ACGACAACACCCUCUUCUCUCUCUUUCCCUUCCCCGAGCCAUCACCCAUCUCCUCCCCCCGCCCCCCAUUCCUUAUUCUUACCGCCCCAUAUUUCUCUCUCUAUAUCUCUCUCUCUAGGGUUUCCUCUCCGUCUCCAAAAGGGAUCCAAUUUCCUCUUCUUCAGUUCUCGGCGGCGGAGUCAGAUCGUCUGGCUCGCCUCGCUUCGUCUCUUCCGGUGGUGCUGGUGCUGCGGGCGGGAUAAAGAUUUCAUCUUGGGAGGGGGAUCCAUGGCGAUUUUGAAGAAUGAGUCUAGGGUUUCGAGGACGGACGGCGAUUCCUCGCCCGCCGGGAGCGCCUCGAGCCAGGAGGAUGAGGAGGAGCCCUGUGCGGGGAUUGGCAAGGCGGAGACCGAUGCUUCGGAUUCCUCCGAUGUGGAUUCCGGCAUGGAAUCGGACGAGUUUGAUCCCGCGGAGCUCGGCGAGCCUGGCAGUCAGUUGUGCCAAGUGGGGAAUCAGAGCUGUAGCAUCCCCCUCGAUCUCUGUGACCUACCCGACCUGGGCUCCAUCUUGUCCUUGGAUACGUGGAAUGAGUGCCUCUCGGAGGAGGAGCGCUUCAUGCUGGCUGAGGACCUCCCCGACAUGGACUGGGAGACGUUUGGCUACACCCUUAAAGAGCUGUUGUCAGGGCAAAACUUUCACUUUGGGUGCCCGCUUGGUACUCUCUUCAAUCGGUUGAAAGGUGGACUCUGCGACCCCAGGAUCGUUCUUUAUCGUCGGGGCUUGAGUUUCUUGCAGCAGCGCGAGCACUAUCAUCACCUGUGCAAAUAUCAGAACUCCAUGGUGAGGAGUCUUGUUGGCAUAAGGGAAGCAUGGCAGAACUGUUCGGUGUAUAGUAUUGAAGAAAGGCUUCGGCUUCUGAAUAUUCUGAGGAGUCAGAAGUCUUUGAGUCAUGAGAGGAAAGGAGAUGUUGGAAUUGAGAUGGAUUCAGAGAGUGCGGAUUCUGAUGAUCGGUACUUGAAUAAACGGUUUAAGAUGGGUCAGCAGUUUGCAAAGCCUUCAUUUGACAUCACUCCUCAUGAGAUUGGCAUGGCUCGGGAGCCAGUGAAGUUGGGGAAAGAAUACUCCAAGGGUGUUUUGAAGGUUACAGCUCCUAAGGUUCCAGCACACCAAAACAUUGGAGAAUUAGGGAUACAUCCUUCUUCCUUGAAGCAUGGAACAGUCCCAAAAUCUAGAGUAGCAACACCACAAAUAGCUCUUACUCAGCAGGAUAAAUAUGCAGGCUAUGAUAUGGGGGCUUCCAAAAGGACUAAACAUCAUAUUGGUGGUGAUCAUGAGGAUACGGAGGAAGGCUACGAUGGUUCACAAGGAGACUGGAUUGCUGGACGCAGAAGGGCAGUAACCAAGAGUAGAUUGCCGAAGACAGGAAAGAAAAAGGAACCACAGAGAAGAUAUGAUGCAGGCAUGUAUAGUGAUCAAGAACCUGAAGGUUAUGGUGGUUUCAGUCAUUCUCAGGGAAAAAGCAGAAAUGCAGAGCAUGCGGUAACUAUUGCUUCAUAUGGUCAUGAGUCUCGUGAACUCACAAGAAAUGCUGAUUAUGCUGACAGAGAGUGGGUGUAUCCUACAACAGGUAGAGCGCAAAAUCAUAUGCUAACCAAUCCCUUGCAACGAAAUAAGAUGCAUGAGGAAGCCAUUACCUCAGGCCAUUCAGUUAAAUCUGAUAAUUGGAAUAGCAGAGCCAAGAAUUGCAAGGUAGGAAACGAGUACAAAGCCGGUAAAAGUAAAGCUGGUAACGAAUUGAAAAAUACUUCUUAUCAACCUGUUCCGAGACAAAAGGGUGAUUCAUAUCUCCAAAAGGAUCCUAGAGCUAGGAUAUUACAAGGGAAGGUGAAAAAUAAUAUGACUCAGUAUGAUGGAAUGGAUGUGGACUACUCAAGUGGUGCUACUAUGAUUUCUCAGAGUGAGGAGACAGAAUCUGAUUCAUCCGACCAGGUUGAAGAUGAUGGAUAUCGCAAUUCUGCAGUCAAGAAGUUGGAGCAUCAAAGUGGUGAUGUUGCGGGCCAUCGCGCUGGAGUUGUGAGAUCAACCUAUAAUCCUAAAAAGCCAAACAAGCUCAUGAAAGUAGAUAAAAAAGGUAUUUCUGACUUUUCUGAUGCUGGUAGGAGCAUACAUACACAGGAUGUAGAAUCAUACCCUGUUAAAGGAAAACAUGGAAGAUUGGUAAAGAAGGCCCUGGUACCGCACCCAAAUGAAAGGUUGACAUAUCCAGAGAAGAGGUAUAAAGGGAUGGCCAAUAUGGAUCAUUCCCCACAGCAAUCAUUUUACUCUCAUGAUUAUGGCAGUGGCGUAAUGGAUGAAUACAUGGAGAAUUUGGAUGAAAUUUCCAAGUCACGAGGCGGCAAGAAUACGAUCAACAAACUAGGGAACAUGAUGGAAACCUCUGAUGUUGAUGCUGCUGAAGAAAGAUCAAAUAUGCCCCUAAUGGGGUGCAACUCUGUGCCAAAGAAACCUAAACGGAAGGUUGAUGGUCAUUACCUGAAUGAGCUGGAUGAAUCCCUCCACCUACAACUGAGUCCAGAGCAGCAGCAGAUCGAUGACCUUAAUGUCCUUAGGAAGGGCAAAAGGAAAGCAGAUGCUGAAACUGAUAAUUUGACUUUAAUAACUGCGGAUCUGGUAACAUCAGAAAAGGAUAAAGAUGGAGAGCUCAAGGCAAAGCCACAGAAAAAACCAUUUACUCUUAUCACUCCUACUAUUCACACUGGCUUUUCAUUUUCCAUCGUACAUCUUCUUUCAGCUGUCCGGAAGGCAAUGAUUACCCCUCAUAUGGAAGAUACUAUACUGACAGCCAACCAUCUUGAGGACAAUAGGACUAAACAAAAAACAGAAGAGCAGAAUAAAAUGCAUCAGGUAGUCAAUGGCACACACCUUCCUUAUUCUUUUGAGAAUAUGGAUAAUCAUUCUUUAGAGCAGAAUAUUUUGCCUUCUCUCACUGUUCAAGAGAUCGUCGAUCGAGUUAGAUCAAACCCUGGAGAUCCAUGCAUUCUCGAAACACAGGAACCACUUCAGGAUUUAAUUCGAGGAGUUCUGAAGAUUUUUUCUUCUAAGACAGCGCCUUUGGGGGCAAAGGCUUGGAAGCCCCUUGUAGUAUAUGAGAAAUCAAACAGAAGUUGGUCAUGGGCAGGUCCAGUUGCUUCUAGUUUAUCUGACAAUGAUAAUGCAGAAGAAGAAACUUCUUCAGAAGCGUGGGGAAUUCCUCACAAGAUGCUUGUAAAGUUGGUUGAUGCUUUUGCUAAUUGGCUUAAGAGUGGUCAAGAGACGCUCCAGCAGAUUGGAAGCCUCCCUCCACCUCCUACUUCAUUGCUUUCAAACUUGGAUGAGAAGGAAAGGUUCAAAGAUCUAAGAGCUCAAAAGAGUCUAAACACCAUUAGCCCUAGCUCUGAUGAAGUAAGAACAUACUUCCGCAGAGAGGAAUUCUUAAGGUACUCGGUUCCAGAUCGGGCCUUUUCCUACACAGCUGCUGAUGGGAAAAAAUCAAUAGUUGCUCCACUUAGAAGGGGUGGUGGAAAGCCAACAUCAAAAGCUCGGGACCAUUUCAUGCUUAAACCUGAUCGACCGCCACAUGUUACUAUUCUUUGUCUUGUUCGAGAUGCAGCUGCUAGAUUGCCAGGUAGUAUUGGAACUAGAGCAGAUGUUUGUACUCUAUUACGGGACUCGCAAUACAUUGUUGAAAACAUUUCUGAUGCACAAGUGAACCAAGUUGUUAGUGGGGCUCUAGAUCGGUUGCAUUAUGAACGCGAUCCUUGUGUACAGUUUGAUAGUGAAAGAAAAUUGUGGGUUUAUCUGCACAGGGACAGGGAAGAAGAAGAUUUCGAGGAUGAUGGUACAUCAUCCACUAAAAAGUGGAAGAGGCAAAGGAAAGAUUCUAUAGACCAGUCUGACAUUGGAGCAGUUAAUGACGUUGAUGCAGGAGUCUUGGUUGGUGGCUCUUCUUCUGGUCAGGAUCACGUUGAUGAUCUGAAUGUUGAUGCAGCAUUCAUCAGUGCAGGAGAAAAAGCUGAACUUGUUUCUGAAGAUAUGAGGCCCGAUAUGGAGAAUAUACAUCCUCUUAUGGACACAACCACUGUUAUCAAGAAGAGCCAGGGCAAUUGGGAUGGUCCAGGAGUGAAUUCAUUGAGAGAAAACAGAUUGGUAUGUCAAGAGAACUCAACAGAUGAAGAUUUUGAUGAUGAAACAUUUAGUCAAGAGAGGCCAAUUCGGCUUCAGUAUGACCUUACCAUGAAGAAUGGACUCUACUAGAUCCUUACCAACAUAUUUAUGGUGCAGUAUCUUUUAGGGUAAGAAAGCGAACCAUAUGAACAAAAUUAUUGGUGACUUAAUCGUGAUUGGUUUGAUUGCCAGUGCACCAUAUCGGCAUUCAUUAUUUAGCCUACUUUUAAGUCUCCUGUUCUGACUCGGGUUGCGGUUUUUUCCAUGUACAUUUCCUCUUGCGGCUGCAAUCAGCUGAGCGCAAUUGCCAAGUCAGAAUGGCCUCUUCACCAGUUUGGAAACCUCGAUAGCUUUCAUUGCUCCAGAAGAACAUGUAGUGAACAGAUAAGAGAAAUUUAUCUCACACAAACCACCAUUCCAUUCUUUUUAUUUGAGAGGAAAAUCACACUGUUCAAGUUGCUUAUGUGCUCCUUUUGUCGCUUGAUGGCUUGGCUAACGAAAUAACAUCGCGACGGAGAUCUCGUUGCUUCUGCAUUUUUGUUAAAAGUGGAUUAUCUUCAUUAUAUGCCUUUAAUAUGUUGCAUAAAACUAUCAUCAUUAUUAGUGCUCAGAAUCAUACUUUUGUUAUUAAUCUAUCGUGGAUUCAUUCCCUCUGGUCAA